UAUUUGGCAAUCGACACCGAUAGUUCGUCAUCGGGAAGCUGGUAUAUGUAAAUACAAAAUAAAUUAUAAAAAUCGGCUUCCACAUAAUUGGGAAGGUCGCUUAAAGCGUACGAAUUAACACAGCAAACAAUCAAAUGUCUGCCGCCGAGACAGGUCCAAUAGCCAGCGGCAGUGCGGUGUCCACUGGACAGCGCGGUGUCAGCCGAGUACUUGCCAAGUUGUCCCAGUCUCUGGCAGGAGGAGAAUUCUAUGAAGCGCACAUGAUGUAUAGGACGCUGUAUUUUCGGUACACGGCGCAGAAACGCUAUCAGGACUGCCUGGACCUGCUCUUUGAUGGAGCACAGCAACUUAUUGCCAAGGAGCAGGAAAGCAGCGCCGCGGACCUAUGUCUCCUUCUGCUGGACACGUUAGAGAAGCGAGGACCACAGGCGGAGGAUACCGACAACUUCCUGUGGGUUCCACGCCUAGGGGCUUUGAUCCGCGGACUUAAUGCCGCGACUGUGGAGCGCGAAACCCUUAUUCAACGGACCAUUAAGUGGAGCACGGCCCUGCAUGGCCAGUAUGGCCACCCAGUGCUGCAUAAGUUAAUUGCACACGUGUUUUGGACCGAGGGCAACAUUGAGUCGGCUCGUCACCACUAUCUACUCUGUCAGGAUGGCAGCCUAUGCGGGCGAGUGCUAAUUGAAAUCAGCCAGAGCAGGGGCUUCCAGGGCGAGGUGGACUUGUUCCUGGUACAAGCGGUGCUGCAGCAGCUAUCCCUUAAGGAUCGGAAAACUGCAGAGGACACGUUCACCGAGUACACACGCUACCACGCCAAGCUGCUCAAGCAUGAGUUCCCCUAUAAGGAACCGCUGGUCAACUUCUUGUACUUCCUCUUUCGCCUUAUUGACGCGAAGCGUGUGGCUGGGUUUCGGGCCUUACGUAAGCUGUACGAUCCAUCCCUAAAGCGCGACACGUCUUUUCUGAAGUACAUAGCCAAGAUUGGGGUGCUGUAUUUCGAUGAGCAGCCGGAGGCUGCUCAUUCUGGUCCGCCCGGGUUGGGCGGAAUGUUUGGUGACAUAUUCAAUCGUCUUAUGUCGGGCUUUGAGGAAGAUGAUGCGGAGGAUCAUGACACGACGCUGAGGCGGCAAAACGAGAAUAACGAACUGGAAUAGCAUCCAUGCAUCUAUGACGCAUACCGGAGAAGAAUCCUUUGUUGCUGCUCUUUUUGGUUGCUCUAAGUCAAUGAAGUUCUUUGCCACAAAAUCAUCGGGCUUUUUUGUUAUAACUUUAAAUUGCUGUAUGCUAAAUUAUUAAAGUAGGCGUAUGGUUUUGAUUAUGCAAAUUAAAAAAAAACAGUUAUUCAAAAA